AUGUCAAAUCAAUUAGGCUUCAUUGCCCAGCAAGAUGAGCAGCUUGAUGAAAUUUCUGAAAUCGCUAAAAGACUUUACAUUCAAGCUAAUACUAUAAAUCAAGAACUUCAAGAUCAAAACGUCAUGCUGAGAAAGCUCGAUAGUGAAGUUGAUGACAAUAUUGAAAAAAUGAACUUCGUCAUGAAAAAACUUGCGAAAUUGAUGAAAACCAACGAUAGCAAGACUUUAUGCACAAUUAUGAUUCUUAUGGUGGUUUUGGUUGUCUUAUUUGUAUUGGUCUUUUACACUUAG